AUGUUUGGUCUGGGAAAAGGGAGAGAAAAGGGAGAGAAAAAGAGAAGAAGUAGGCGGCGCCAGUCGGAAGAGUUUGCAGAAGCCGCCACGGUCUCACGGUCGCAGCCAAAGUCGCACGCAAAGAGCAGCGGCAUCAAGGUUGACAAGGGCAAGGGCGAGGAAAAGGAAAAAGAGCAGACGAGCUCGCACAACCGUCGCCACCGUUCUUCCGGCUCCCGUCACGCCCCCAGCGCCCACAAGUCACAGGGCAAGAGCGGCAAGGCCAAGGCGAGCGACGGCACGCCUCAGCCUGAAGACAGCCCGGUCCAUGCCAAGUCGCUUAGGCACUGCGAGGAAAUGCGACGGCACCAGGAGGAGUGGCGGCGACAGCAGCAGCAGCAACAGCAGUCUCCGCGCUCUAAGAGCGACAAGGGAAAGGGAAAGGAACGAGAGAGGUGA